AUGUGCGCACCGUGUCUUUCCCAGACCUUAUACUUCCAACCGCAACAGCUCGCUCCUUACUUGGCUACAGAUACCAUUCAGAACCUUUUCACUCCCGAGCUCAAUGCAAAUCUACCCUACGCUCCUUCACCCCACCUUAUCGAUCCCGUGUACUCGAACACACCAUCUUUUAGCUAUUUUCAAAGUCCAGCCUCCGAGCAAGUUUAUUGGUUUCAAAAUGACAAUUCUGUCACCGACGGUGACCUGAUACCACAGCCGGGAUACCAUGUUUCUUUCGAUGACCAAGCCUUUCACGACCCGGCUUGCAUUAUAGACCCCUUCGCAUUCGACGGUGGCGCUACCUACCAGUCAAUCACGAGCACACCUCACAACCAAAACGGCCUAGAUACUCCUCCGGAGGCCCUCUCGAUCCUCGGGAAUCUUUCGGAGCCUUACUCAACGUCGGACAAUUUUUCAGAACGCCAAAUAUCAUAUGCAUAUCAAGCCAACUUCUCACAACACUCAUUACAGACGGUCGCUAACAGCCCUUCUCCAUUUUCACAGUCAAUCUCACCAGACUCCCCGGCCCACAUGCCCACAACUAAGUCCACCACCUCUCCCGGCUCCACCAUGUCCACCACAACCACAAUAACCACUCAGCCCAACUCCGCAAUCAGAAAGCGCAAACUGAACACCCUCGCCGCUCGUCGGUACCGCCAAAAGCGCGUUGACCAAGUCACCGAGCUAGAAACGGCACUGAAGAAUACGCAGCGCGAACGAGACGACCUAAGUGUUCGGGUUGCGCGGUUGGAAGGCGAGUUGGGAGCGUUGCGACAGAUGUUGAAUUCGGGGAAGUAG